AUGCCGCCGCCAGAUCCGAAGGUCCAAGAUCCAAGUGGUCUUCAACGCCAUUGUCUCAUCACCAUUGGCGCAACGGCCCGAUUCACGCAGCUUCUCAAAGAGACAAUCGACACGCCCUUCCUUAACGUGCUUUGUGCGCAAGGGUUCACGCACCUCACCAUACAAUGCGGCAAGGAUAUCGACUGGUUCCGCGAUGAAGUACAAGCUCUUGCCACCCGAUCAACGCUUCACAUGUCGACGUUUGAUUUUGUGGACGAUCUCACUCGCAAGAUGACUCUGUGUCGUGCCGAGACGAACAAGCGCCGCGAUGGCCUUGUCAUAUGCCACGCUGGCACUGGCACCAUUCUUGAUGGUCUCCGCAUCAACGCCCCGCUCAUUGUGGUGCCGAACCCGACGCUCAAGGACAACCACCAGGAGGAGCUGGCCGAAGAGAUACAGAGGCAAGGCUACGCCAUCUGGGGCCGCCUUGGCCAGCUUGACUACGCCCUCGAGCAGUCGGCGCUGCUCUGCGCCAAGAACGCCAGCACGUUCCGCUCGCACCCACUGCCCGAGGGCGCGGCAGGCAAGGGCCUCAACAUCUGGAGCGUCAGCAGUGCCAUGAUGAGCAGGUAUCGUGAGCCCGACGAUGCCCCUUCGCAGCGGCAGGCAGAGGAAGGGCCCACUGGAUCGUCCGCAGAACAAGGGCGUGAGGAAGCUGUCCAUCUGAGCAUGGACUAG